UUGACUCUUGAUAGAGUUUCAAUAACCGGCGCCACUCACUAGAGAGGCUGAGCAAAUUUGCAAUGGCUCUUUCAUUAGCUAAAUCCACUUUCUUCUCUAAUCCCACUUCAUAUUUCCCCAAGAAUGGCAUUCGAAGCUUUGGAUUUCUUGUUCCUUUCUCCUCCUCUUUUCUACUUCUUCUCCGUUUCCUGCAGUAGAUGGAGUCCAUGGUCACAAGAAGAGGCAAUCAUCAGUAGUAGCCUCUGCUCUCGAUCUUGGUGGAGUCAAGAUUUCAAAAGAUGAAAUAGUAAGGGAUGACCCCACAAACAAUAUUCCAGAUACAAUAUUUGCAAAGCUUGGAAUGCAGCUUCAUAGGAGGAACCAACAUCCACUUGGUAUCCUUAAGAAUGCGAUCUAUGAUUAUUUUGACACAAACUAUCCAGAUAAGUUUGACAAGUUUGAUGAUUUGUGCCCAAUAGUUUCUGUUAGACAGAACUUUGAUGAAGUUUUGGUACCUGCUGAUCACAUUAGCAGGAGUUACAAUGACACAUAUUAUGUGGAUUCUCAAACUGUCCUAAGGUGCCACACAAGUGCACAUCAAGCUGAGCUACUGAGGAAUGGACACACCCAUUUUCUUGUUACUGGCGAUGUGUACCGUAGAGAUUCCAUUGACUCAACUCACUAUCCUGUAUUCCAUCAGAUGGAGGGUGUACGGGUCUUUGCUCCAAAUGAUUGGGAGGGUUCAGGUACUGAUGCAACGUCACAUGCUGCGGAAGAUCUUAAGAAAUGUCUUGAGGGUUUGGCACGACAUCUAUUUGGUGGGGUGGAAAUGCGCUGGGUUGACACUUACUUCCCCUUUACUAAUCCAUCAUUUGAACUGGAGAUAUAUUUUCAGGAUCAAUGGAUGGAAGUUUUGGGUUGUGGAGUGACAGAACAAGAAAUAUUGAAAAGAAGCGGUAAAACAGACAAUGUUGCUUGGGCAUUUGGGCUUGGAUUGGAGCGCUUGGCUAUGGUUUUAUUUGAUAUUCCAGAUAUUCGACUGUUCUGGUCAACUGAUGAGCGGUUCACUUCUCAAUUUUCUAGCGGCCGGCUCGGGUUGAAGUUUAAGCCAUUUUCCAAGUAUCCACCUUGUUAUAAAGAUAUGAGUUUCUGGAUCAGUGAUUCAUUUACCGAGAACAAUCUCUGUGAAGUUGUUAGAGGAAUUGCUGGAGACCUUGCCGAGGAGGUGAAACUGAUAGACAACUUCACCAAUAAGAAAGGAAUGACAAGUCAUUGCUAUCGGAUAGCUUAUCGGUCCAUGGAACGUUCACUUACAGACGAGGAAAUAAACGAUCUGCAGUGGAAAGUGAGAGAACAGGUGGAGAACAAGUUAAAGGUUGUCCUAAGAUGAGCUAUUUUCAUUUGUUUGUUUUUUUCUGAUUUUGUAGUUUACAACAUGUAGUUUUUACCUGAAUUUUGUUUUACAUUUAUAUGUCACUUUUUUUUGCACCAUCUUGAUUGUAAUAAUAGAAUAUGCUUAUUUGCUGUCAUUUGGAGUUUUGAGGCCAAUAUGUUGAGGCAAUAGAUGAAGGUUGAUUGUAUUGGAAUAAUUAGUAUCAAAAGUGAAACCAUUCUAUUUUGGUUCUU